UGAAUCGUGUACAGAACCCAGGUCCACCAAAGUUCAUGUAGAGAAUGGACACGGUAAGCCAAUGGAUAUGUAAUCGCUAAUGGUGCGAAUCUGAUCGCUAAUGCCAGGCAUCUCGUAAUUCUUCUUAACAAUAUCCAACUCCUGCAUAUCAAGUACCAUGGUAAGUAGACGAAAUUGAUGAUGAUUGAACGUUUCUCGAGUAUGGGCUUGGUUAAUAGGAACUCCCACACGCAAAGCUCAUCGAUGCUGCUGGUUUCAACUGCGUUCAUAAAUUCUCAAAGCAGUCUUGCUCAUUUAUGA